CCCAGAUGCCGGUUGCGCAACACCGUGUGUGUCUCCACAGUCGCACAGGCACAUUUUGACAUGUUUAUUCCUCUCCAGUAGCCUGACUGAGCUGCUCUCUGACGUCUCAUAUGUUGGCUGCCUCUCAGAUAUGUGCUUCUGAGUUUCACAGCUCAGAUAUCUCGGCAGUUGAAAAGGAGGGAACGGCGCACCAGACAUGAAAGACGGGAAAGAAACUUUUCCCAAGUGGAAAACCUGGCUGGUGGGUACGUGUGUAGCGCUGCUGCUGCUUCUAGCCUCUGCAGGUCUAGUUUUCCUCUGGGUUCAGCAGCAGGAGCUGGCAGAGGAGCUGGGCAGGCUGGACUCCCAGAUGCAGGAGCUGGCACAGUACUGCAGGCUGGCAGCAGGACGGCUGCCAGAGGAAAGUGGAAAGGCUGGAGAUGUGAGAAAGCUCCGGCGCACCAGACGGAACCAGGGGGGACAAUGGACUCAGAGAAAGGACCAGGACAAGCUGAUGCUGAUGACGCACACUCUGCUUCCUGUCAAAGCCUACCUUGAUCUUUGCAACAGCUCCACAGGAGUUUGUUUGAUAGGUCCACCUGGUCCCCGAGGUGUGCGUGGCAGGCCUGGCCCCCCAGGACCACCAGGUGCACCAGGCCCAGAGGGAAGACGAGGACGCAGAGGUCUUCCUGGUCCUCCAUGUCCCACCUGUUGUCCAACUGAAGAAAGAAAGAAGAAACCAGAUGAACGAAAAAUGUUUCCAAAGGACCAAAAAAAAGCACAACCAGGCAAUGAAACCAGUGACGCUCGGAAACCGUCUGGACCUGCACAAUCUCAGCGCACAAAACCUGAGGCCAGCUCUACUUCUCUGAAUGAUAGCAGCGCCGUAAAUGUCACACAGACACCAAUUACACCGUCAGUAGGUAAUAAAUCUGUUCUUUUGAGCAAAGCCAGAGCUGACCAUUAUGUUCUAUACAGUCCCACACCUGUUAAAAAACUAUUUGUUUUGUGACUUUAAAGUAAAUGA